AUGGAUGAUCUCUUCGAUGGCGCUGUCGGUAUUGAUCUCGGUACCACAUACUCAUGUGUUGGUGUCUGGCAGAACGACCGAGUGGAGAUCAUCGCCAACGACCAGGGCAAUCGGACGACACCGUCCUACGUCGCUUUCUCUGCUGAAGAGCGAUUGAUCGGUGAUGCCGCAAAAAAUCAGGCUGCUAUGAAUCCUCGCAACACGGUUUUCGAUGCUAAGCGGCUCAUUGGUCGUCGUUUCGAUGAUCCCGAUGUGAAGAAGGACAUCGUCCACUGGCCUUUUGAGGUUGUGGAGAAGGACGGAUCGCCUCUGAUCAAGGUCAACUACCUUGGCGAGGACAAAACCUUCAGCCCACAGGAAAUCUCAUCCAUGGUCCUUACGAAGAUGAAGGAAAUUUCCGAGGCUAAGCUCGGCAAAACUGUCAAGAAGGCUGUUGUCACCGUCCCCGCAUACUUUAAUGAUUCCCAACGACUUGCUACCAAGGAUGCUGGUGCCAUUGCUGGUUUAGAAGUUCUCCGUAUCAUCAAUGAGCCUACGGCUGCCGCCAUUGCUUAUGGUUUAGACCGUCAAAGCAAGUCCGAGAAGAAUGUCCUGAUUUUCGAUCUCGGCGGUGGAACCUUCGACGUGUCUCUUCUCAACAUCAGCGGGGGCGUGUUUGCCGUUAAGGCUACUGCUGGUGAUACCCACUUGGGUGGUGAAGAUUUCGAUAACACCUUGCUUGAACACUUCAAGAACGAGUUCAAGAGGAAAUCAAAGCUUGAUAUCUCAGAAGAUGCCCGUGCCCUUCGUCGUCUAAGGAGCGCUUGUGAGCGUGCCAAGAGGACUCUUUCCAGCGUUGCGCAAACCACCGUUGAAGUCGACUCCUUAUUCCAGGGUGAAGACUUCUCUGCCAACAUUACCCGUGCCCGUUUCGAGGAGAUCAACGCUGCGAUGUUCAAGUCUACUCUUGACCCCGUCGAGAAGGUCUUGAAGGAUGCCAAGAUGCCCCGUGAGAAGGUUGACGACAUCGUUCUUGUCGGUGGUUCUACGCGUAUUCCUAAAAUCCAGGCCCUCGUUUCAGAGUACUUUGGCGGUCGUCAGCUCAACAAGUCUAUCAACCCCGACGAAGCUGUCGCCUACGGUGCUGCCGUCCAAGCCGCUGUCUUGACUGGCCAGACAUCCGAACAAACCAAGGAUCUCCUUCUUCUCGAUGUUGCUCCUCUAUCGCUUGGUGUUGCUAUGCAGGGCGACGUCUUCGGUGUUGUCGUUCCUCGCAACACACCCAUUCCUACCAAUAAAUCCAGGACAUUCACCACAGUCGAGGAUAACCAGACCACUGUCACCUUCCCUGUCUACGAAGGAGAGCGCACCCAGUGCCGGGACAACAGAUUGCUUGGAGAGUUCGAGCUUAACGGCAUCCCUCCCAUGCCUCGGGGUCAGGCCGAAUUGGUUACCACCUUCGAAGUCGAUGCCAAUGGUCUCUUGAAGGUCUCUGCUCAGGAUCGUGCAUCUGGCCGCAAAGCCUCAAUUAGUAUCACAAACUCCGUCGGCCGUCUCUCUUCCGCUGAAAUCGACCAAAUGAUUAAAGAUGCCGAGCAAUUCAAGAUGGCUGACAAGGAGUUCUCUGCUCGCCAUGAAGCCAAGUCGGAUCUCGAAGCGUAUAUUCAUCAAGUUGAAGGCACCAUCACAUCACCUGAAAUUGGUAUGAAGCUUAAGCGAGGUGCUAAGUCGCAGGUGGAGGCUGAGUUGGCGAGGGCUCUCGAGAAGCUGGAGAUUGAGGAUUCCACUGCCGAUGAAUUGAAGAAGGCGCAGCUUGGUAUUAAACGGGCCUUGCAAAAAGCCACCGCCGGUAUUCGGUGAGCGACCCCAAAAAUAGGCAGUUGUAUUGUGUUGUUCUCGAUAUUUGCAUUUACAUAAUGUUUUACUGAACUUGAUGCUUUCGCUCUCGCGUCAAAUGUUCGGUGUGGCUUAUCGAUAUCAGUGUACUACGUAUAGAGCUCGAUCGGAGCAAUAGCUCAAUCUAGGUGUACAGUAGGAAAAAAUGACCUAUCGUGCGGGAAG